UGAGCUGUCCUUUGCAUGUAACAUCAUAGGUGGUAGUCCGUAAGUUAUUAUCUACAGUGGACAAGCAGUGCACAUCAGGAUACGUCAAAACACCCGUUCUCUAUUUGUUCCCAAAGUCGUCUUUUCUCUUGUAUGAAUUUGAGCAUACACAUGUCAGACAGCAAAUGUGUUUUCUUGGCGUUGCCGCCAGUACACUGACAUGUCGAGGGGAUAUGACGUCACAAUGACGUAACAUUACCGCCAUGGAAGCUACAGGAAGAACAUUGCUGAAAUAUCAUAAAAUUUCUUUGCUGUGUAUUUUCACGGUUCUAUUCCUUACCAUAGCACUUUUAUUUUUAAUAUAUGACUCAAACUAUAAACAUGAAAAUUGUGACGGAUGCGGUGAAAGCGAGGAAGAUGAAAUUAUUCAAAAUAUGUUGCAGCUUCAUACGUCUAAAGGAGCCCGAACGGAGAGAGCAACAAAGAAGAAAAGGGAAGCUAUUGACUUAUCUGCAUACAGAGAAAUUGGAUGGGAACUUUCUCCUGCAGACGCUCUACAAGUUUUUAAAGCAUACUACCGUUGUUUAAUGAAAAGGAAAGCAACCCAAUCGGACAAACUGGAUAUUACUGCUGUUUUGUCUUUAGAAGGUCAAAAUAUUGAAUUGAAAUGUCCAAUGUGUUUGCGUCCGGAUCAAGAUACUGGGCGUUUGGAUAUUCAAUGGCAACAUAUGAGUGCAAGAGAUAGUGCAAUGCGUUACGUUGACGUAAACUCAAAGUUUAAAUUGACAGAUGAGAUGUCACUUAUUAUAUCCGGUGUAGACAUCAGUGAUGCCGGGCAGUUCAUUUGUGUGAGAAUGCGUGACAGAGAAAUAGAGCAAAUAUAUCAAGUUGAUGUCCUUUUCAGAGAAAGAAGAAAAAUUAUAAAAGGCUCUGAUAGGCGAAAUGUUUUACCUUUAAAGACCCUGGCAGAGAAUAACCUGAAACUGUUUACCCUGUGGUCUGGUUGGAGCGAUUGCAACAGGUGUGGGAGGAUGGGACAACGCCGCAAAGUGGGACUGUGUAUGGUAGAUAAGGUAAACCUCACCGUCCCCGUACAACCUGUAGAUUUACCUAUCCUGGAGCUCUACCCCCGGGGUAUACCAUGUCGGUCGACAGUCCUCCCGUCCGACAUCGCCAAACUCAGACCGAUACGACGUAGGGAAAGUGAAACCAUCGUGGAGUAUUGUUACAUGCUAUGUCCAACUGUAGCACCACCUAAAAAUGUAACAGACAAAAACGGGAAGGUGGUGGAGGUACUCCAGCCGGGGUAUUACUCAAUGAAGAACAAGCCACCACUUCCACCUAUGGUAAAGAGGAGCGUGGUUUUCGAAGUUACACGUAAGAAUGUGAUCCUGAAAUGUCCGGUCAAACCAGGAAAGGCACCCCUGAUCAGAUGGCAGAACGGCACGAUCGCCAUCGACCCUCUUGCCAUCAGACGGCAGACCAGGGGACGGGUUCGUACGGACAGCGCCAACAGACUCCACAUCAGGGCAUUGCGGCUGUACGACAGCGCCCCCUAUAACUGCUGGGUGAAACGACGCCACGUAGCCACGAUUAAACUGAUUGUGACAGAGGCGAUGAAUGAAAAUCUGAAGGAUUACAUCACGUACGCCGGCCUUGGUCUUACCAUUCUGUCCGUGACGCUCGUCUGCUUCUGUGUGUUCUCUGGUAGAAACAAGAAAACUAUUAAAUAAAUAUACCACUAUAUAGAUUAGGUAGAUUUUUUUGGGGUAAAAUCCAUAGUAGAGGUUUAUUAUAACAUUAUUCGUUGUGAUA